AUGGCUAAUGAAUCGAGGCCCUGCCUGUGUGAUAUUGGAGACAGGUUUGACUAUGAGAGUCGUGGCCAGGAAGUACAAGCUGAGCACAUCAAGGCGUACGUUUGCAAACCACCUGCCAGCACAGACAAAGCUGUGAUUGUGAUUCAUGAUAUAUUUGGAUGGCAACUCCCAAACACCAGAUACAUGGCUGAUAUGCUUGCUGCUCAUGGAUACAUAGCCAUCUGCCCAGACUUUUAUGUAGGAAGAGAAGCUUGGAAGCCUUCUGAUGACUGGUCCAAUUUCGAUGAUUGGCUGAAAACUCGAGAUGCCAGGAAAAUAAACAAAGAAGCUGAUGCUGUCCUGAAAUAUUUAAAGGAACAGUGUGGUGCAAAGAAAUUAGGGGUCGUUGGUUUUUGCUGGGGUGGUAUUGCUGUACGUCACCUGAUGAUGACAUACCCAGAAUUAAAGGCUGGUGUAUCUCUCAAUGGACUAAUCAAGGAUUCUGAUGAUAUAUCCAAUCUCCUGAACCCUGCAUUUUUCAUUUUUGCUGAAAAAGAUGACUUCAUUCCCCUUCGUCAAGUAUUCACCUUGCUGGAGCAGAAGCUGAAGAAAAAUUGUAAAGUCAGUUAUGAAGUUAAAAUUUAUCCUGGACAAACUCAUGGUUGUAUACAUCGCAGAAGAGAAGAUAUCAAUCCUCAGGAUAAGCCUUAUAUUGAGGGAGGAAGAAAGGAUAUGAUCAACUGGCUGAAUAAAUACAUUAAUAGAAGAGAGAAGAAUGAAGAGGUCUGGAAGUUUAUUGUACCUUAUCGACGCCUGUGUAAAACCUGGAUAACUCCAGGGUAA